GACGGAGAUGUGUUCCACGAGAUCUUCAGAGAGAGACCGCACCACGUACCGGACAUGAGCCCUGAUCUCAUUCAAAACUGCGACUUACACCACGGCGAAUGGGGAACCGUAGGAUCUGUCAUCUUCUGGAACUACACCCACGAUGGUAAAGAGUGUGUGGCGAAAGAGAUAAUUGAAGCGAUAGAUGAGGAGAAGAAGUCGGUGACUUUCAAUAUCGUUGAAGGAGAUUUGAUGGAGCUAUACAAGACGUUCAAAGCGACGGUUCAUGUUGACACUGUCGGGGAAGACAACCUCGUCACUUGGACUUUUGUGUACGAGAAACUGAACGAGGAUGUUCCAGAUCCGCACACUCUCAUGGAAUUUUGCGUUAAGCUGACUAAAGAUAUUGAGUCCCACCAUCUUACCAAUGCUUAAUUUACAAUAAUAUUGAUGUUAUGAAUAUUUAUAUAUUUCUCUUAUGUUAAAAUUUAUGUAUGGGUUAUAUAUGUACUUUGUGAUGUCAUGAAUAAAGGAGUAUCACCCUCACUCCACAGUUACGU